AUGUCAGGGGAUCUGGAAGCCAAGAGCUGGGGCUACACACAUAUCAGUGUUCAGGAAUUCUGCUACAAGUGGACCAUUAGCAACUUUUCACUUUGCAUGGAGGGAAUUAGGGAAAAGAUCACAAGCCCAGUGUUCUCAUUAGAGGCCAAUGAGGAAGUGGCAUGGUGUUUGACAGUACACUCAAAUGGAGUUGAUGACGAAAGCAAAGAUUACCUGUCAGUUUUCCUAGAGACAGUCAUCUGUCCAGAGAGACCAGUUUGGGCCAAGUUCCAGUUCUGGAUCACAAAUAACCAAAGAGAAAAAUAUCUAAAUAUGAAGGGCUCUAACAUUGUAAGCUUUCUACAUAACCAACACAGGGGAUUCAAAAAGUUUAUUCUCCGAGGUCUCCUCCUCUUCCAUCAGCAUUGGCUUCUCCCUGAAGACCAGCUUGCCCUCUGCUGCAAGGUGACCAUAGUAGGAGACUUCUUUAGCAAGCCUGGACAGAACAUGACACCUGCAAUCCAGGAUCCAAGGCACGUGUUGACAGAUGACCUAGAGGAGCUGUGGGAGAAGUCCCUCUCCACAGACUGCUGUUUAGUAAUAGGUGGCCAUAAAUUCAGGGCUCACAAGGCCAUCCUAGCAGCUCACUCUCCAGUGUUCAGAGCCAUGUUUCAACAUAAAAUGAAGGAGAGCCUCACGAACCAUGUUGAGAUCAAAGGCCUGGAUCCCCAAGUCUUCAAGAAGAUGAUGGGCUUCAUUUACUCUGGGGAGGUGCCACACUUCCACAGCUGCUCCAUGGCUACUGGUGUGCUGGCAGCUGCUGACAGAUUUGGCCUGGAGGGUUUGCUAGUCAUGUGUGACGAUGCCCUCUGCAGGAACCUCUCUGUGAAGAAUGCUGCACACACUCUCAUCCUGGCUGACCUCCACAACAGAAAGCACCUGAAGACUCAGGACCUGGAGUUCAUUCUACUUUAUCCUUCUGAGGUUUCUGAGACCUCAGGGUGGAAGUCAAUGAUGGAGUCACAUCCCCACUUGGUGGCUGAAGCAUCCCACUCCCUGGCUUCUGCACAGUGUCCUUUCUUAGAACCAUCACUCAAAUGCCUAAAGUUAUCUUAG